ACGUUUACCUGUGACAAAAACAGCGCGCGCAAUCGUCACAAGCGUGCUCUUGUCCCGGCGUGGCUGGCAGGCCAAACCAAUUUUCCUCAAAAAAAGCUCUGUAUUUAGUUAAAUUAAUAGCAUCUUUAGAAAACAGUAUACAAACGAUGAUUUUUAUAAAUUUUAUAUCUUCACAAGCCUGAUUUCCUUGAAAUUCCUGUUCUUAAGGACCGCCGGAUCUUCUUUAUUUUCUGCGAAACGUUAUAAAUCCGAGAACGAAAAGAAAAACGGCAAAAUAAACGACGGCUUCGUUCUUGAUGAGAAACCCGUCGAUAAAGGAGACGUGAUUCUGGACAGGAUUGGUGAUGACGAAGAGGAAGAUCCUUGGAAAGUGACCAGUCUCAGCCAGAACUACACGCCAUGGAACGAGCUGUCCCAAAACGGCAAGAUCCUGCGUGUAAUCGGCUACUUCGUGAAGGUCAUCCUCGUCCUGGCAGCGCUUUAUAUGUUCAUCUGCUCCCUCGAUUUCCUGAGUUCUGCCUUUAAACUGCUUGGAGUUUUGAAAAUCAAGACCGCCAUUCCAAUCAUUAUGGGAGCCAACAUUGGAACUUCAGUGACGAACACCAUCGUGGCCAUUGGUCAAAUCUCGGACAAGGGAGAGUUUCGGCGUGCGUUUGCCGGGGCAACAGUCCACGAUAUGUUUAACUGGUUGUCUGUCAUCGUCUUACUGCCAAUCGAGAUUGCUACAGUUGCGCUCUUGUGCUAAGAGGGACGGGCCUGAUGCUAUUGCCACACCAGGAAACUGCACUGACGCCUGGGCCUACUCCAAUGUCACAAGAUCGAAGACAAUGGAGUGGUUGGACUGCAGCAUGUUUAAUGGUGCCACCACUGAGACAAACAGCUGUAACACUUUCUUGAAUACUCUGGGAUCAUUGACUCCAGGAAGUGUGAACCAUUCAGAUGCGUGCUUGAGGAUACAACCCAAGUUUACAUCGCAGGACCAUACUUUCAGCCUUCAGAACUGCACCAGCUCAUGGGUGAAUAAAACUGUCGAAUACACAGCCAUGACAGAUGAAAUGAGCUGUACGAGGUGGGCCAAACAUGUGGAACAGAAGACAUGCAACAAAGAAUGUGAAUUUUUAUUCAAGGGACUGUACCCAACUUUAAACGACAAAGAAAUCGGUGGUAUCCUGCUUGUGAUCUCCCUUGUCAUCCUGAGCGUCUGCUUGGUGUGUAUGGUGAAACUCCUCCACUCUCUACUCCGAGGACCUAUGGCUGUGAUCAUCAAGAAGUUCGUCAAUGCCGACUUCCCGGGACCUCUAGGCUAUUUAACCGGCUAUCUUGCUAUUCUCAUUGGCGCUGGGCUGACCAUUGUGGUGCAGAGUUCCUCUAUCUUCACAUCGACCUUAACCCCUCUGGUGGGCAUCGGGGUCAUUGAGCUGGAUCGUAUGUAUCCGUUGACCCUUGGCUCAAACAUCGGGACGACGACCACAGCCGUCUUGUCUGCUCUAGCGAACUCCGGGGAUAAACUAUUAGACUCUCUGCAAGUCGCCUUCUGCCAUUUGUUCUUUAACAUCACAGGAAUCCUUCUCUUCUAUCCUCUUCCAUUUAUGAGGUUCCCCAUUCCUCUCGCUAAAUUUUUGGGUAAUCGCACUGCCAACUACCGUUGGUACGCUAUCGUGUAUAUCUUUGUCAUGUUCUUUAUCUUCCCUGGUGCAGUGUUUGCUCUGUCUCUUCCUGGCUGGUAUGUGUUGGCGGGGGUUAUGGGCCCCAUCUUUCUCUUGUUCAUUAUUGUGGCUAUCAUUAAAGUCAUCCAAGCUAAAGCACCCCAAAUCUUGCCCACAAAACUUCAGAAUUGGAAGUUCCUGCCGAAAGCUCUCCGUUCCCUUGAACCUUAUGACCGGGUCAUGAUGAAAAUUUUCUUUUGCAAACGGUUCCAAAUGCAAAAACAGCAGCCCAAUUCUCCGAUGAGCCCAUCCUACGUGAAAAACACGCGGUUUUAGUUCUUGGGGUUUUAGUUCUUGGGUUGAAUUUACUGCUUUUCACGCCUACAUGUGUUUGUAUGUAUGUGCAUGUGCCUGUUUGUGUUUUCUGUGUGUGGAAGAGGAAAAGGUCAUAAUUGGUUCGGAUGGGGAGAGGGUGUUGUCCGAUAAAAGAUAUGAGCACUGCCAGGUCGGGAUGGUGUGGGCGAAGAAGUCUUUAAAAUUAUUUUUUUACUACGAGAGUUUUUUUUAAGGAAAUACAUUUUUUUAUUAUAAUAAUAUGGUGCUCCGUUUGGUAUUUUGACUUUUCACGUAUUCACUCGUGUAACUGAUUUAGGAAGGGGAAAGACAGUAAGGAAAGGGGGAGGGGGGGGGGGUCAUGAGUUAGACAAUCUGCAAAGCGAGGCAAAUUCAUCCAAGAUGGGGGAUAGACUAAACUCUUGACUUACCAGUGUUUAUACUCGCUCAGGUAGCUGUAAACCCAGCUUCCUAAAAGAGUUGCCGGUCAGUCCUAUCACUUUUAAUUGAUAGAUCGGAAAAAUACAAAGAAUAUGUGUAAUAAAAUGACCCACUCCCUUGGAAAUCUUUGAGCAUUAUGAUGGUAUUAUAGCCGUUGCCAUUGGUGGUUCGUGUCUGAAAUAAACGUUGGUUUUUUCAUCGUUUUAUCCGACUCGCUAUACUCGUAUACACAGCACGACGCUCUCUUUAAAAUGCUACACAAUUCGUAAUUAUUCAGCUUCCACCACUGAAGGUAAAGUCUAUGCGGACUUGCUUUAUAUCAGAAGUACUAAAACAUUUUGAUAUUUCGAACAUGAGACACAGCACCUUUUUUCGUAAAACGUUAAUAGAAGCUUAUCUUAAAGAUGAGAAGGUUUUCAAAAUAUGAAUUUUUUUUAAAACCCUGCUGUCGUUAUCUGUCAUAGUUCAGAAACUGAUCUUCCUCACAUUAUUAUCUUGGGCUGGUUCCCCAAGGUGAAGCGAUUCGGUCCAGCUUUGAAGGCCUGAGGUUUUUAAUACGAAAAUGUUUGUCUCUGCUAUUAUUCCAACAAAUGAUCUUCUUUCAUGCCCGGACACCAAACCAUGCCGCUCCUACAGAAAUUACCUCAUGUGUCAAGUACAUGUAUGUCAUUGCACUUGAGCACAAUAAUUAAGAGCAAUCAUUUUGAUACGUCUAUCGUACUUGUUUAAUAGCAUUCUCUCUCAUUUAUAAGGAGAGAUUUUACUUGUUUAAAUUGAUAAGUGUAUAGGCAUUUUGUAUUUAGAGAAAGAGAGAGAG